UACAUGUGGUGACAUAGGAAGGUGGCAGUAUGAGUUUUGAAAGUGGUGAUGGUGAACGGGAGUUCCCGGGUCUGUACUAUCAUGUCACAGAUGAACUUGAACGGGAUGAUGAUCAAUUAUCUGAUGAAGAGCGCCCUAAGAAGAAGGAACACCCCUUAAGUGCAGUAAAGAAGCCUGAAUUCAUUCGCAAGGAGAAGAAGGACAAAGGCUACAAGAUGUUUGAGGAAGAAAAUUCAGAGGAGGAAAUGAUCCUGGUUGAUGACAAAAGUCCAGGAAAGAUGAAGAAACACAAGACACCCAGUUUCAAGUUUGCCAAGAGGGAAAAGAUAUCAAAGAAAGAUAAGGAGGAUAAAAAAGAAAAAGAAUCUCGAAAAGAAAAAGAGAAGGAAUGGCGAAAAGAAAAAGAUAAGGAAAGUCGGAAAGAAAAGGAAAAGGAGGGUAAAAAAGAAAAGGAAGAACGUAAGAAGGAAAAGGAAGGAAAGGAACAUAAAAAAGAAAAGUUGAAAUUUAAGAAAAAGUCAAAGAUGUUGGCAUAUAGUGGAGCUGCAGCUCCAUGGAGCACCCCACCUGAGGCACAAUCUGAUGCUAAGCCUGUGUUUGGGGUCCCCCUCGGUGUGGCUGUGUCCAGGAGCAAAUGUCACGAUGGAAUAGAACUUCCUGCCAUUGUAAGGGAGACCAUUGACUACAUUGAAGAACAUGGGUUAAACUGUGAAGGAAUCUACAGGAUAUCUGGUGUAAAGUCUAAAGUGAACACAUUGAAGGAAGCCUAUAAUACUGGGAGACCUGCCUACCUCCAGGAGCAUGAGCCUAAUGUUGUAGCGAGCCUCCUAAAGUUGUAUCUAAGGGAGCUCCCCGAGCCUGUCCUUACUACACAGCUAAUGCCUGCAUUUGAAGAGGCCUCUACUAUUAAGGAUCCCAAGAGAAAGGUAGAGCAGUGUAAAAGGUUGCUUGGUGAACUGCCUGUGGCUAACAGACUCCUGGUUUCUUGGGUUAUUGUACACAUGGAUCAUGUUAUACAAAAUGAAGUGUCCAACAAGAUGACACUUCAGAAUGUGUCCAUUGUGCUAAGCCCUACAAUGCAGAUAAGCCACAGAGUGCUAAACGUCUUCUUCUCAUUUGUAAAUGAACUCUUUCCUGGAGUGGAAAUUAAAAGGAAUGUGCCACCUCUGAAACCUGCCUCCUCUAGGUGGUCCCUUGAGCUUCCUGAGAGCCCCGAGGCAAUAGAAGAUGAGAUCAAGAAGCAGGAAUCCCUUCUCAAUACCCUUCAUGCUGACCUAGGGGCAGGCAUGUCUGACCCUCAUAAAGAGGAACAACUUUGGGAGGUGCAGCGUGUCCUGACUGGGCUCAAGCGCAAGUUGAAGAAUGUCAAAAAGCAACAAGAAGCCCUGGAAAAGCGACGUAAAGAGAUGGAGUUAAAACAACAGAGAGCGCAAGAUGUCCUCGCUGAAACAUGGAAAGAGCAACAAUUGAAAUUAGGCCUACGGAAACCAAGUCCCAAGCCAAAGCAUAAAGACCCUGAACGUUUGAAAGACACAGAGAAAAGGCGUAGUUCAGAGAUUGGCACAAUUCCUGAACUUGAGGUUAAAGAUGAUGCCAAUGUUACUGAAGUAAACAGCCAUUCAAGAUCAGGGUCAGAGGUCAGUGCUAAAGGUCAUUCAAGGACAAGUUCAGAUGUCAGCAAAGGCCAUUCAAGGUCAAAUUCAGAUGCUAAAGGUCACUCAAGGUCUGGAUCAGAAAUUCUCGGAGAGGUCAAUACUAAAGCAGACCACUCAAGAACAGGCUCUGAAGUAAAGAUAGAAGGUCCACCCAAACAGCUGAAAGCAAGUAAAGAAAAUAUACCUGUUGAUAUUAAUAACAAAGAAACAGAGCAUCAAAUUGAGCCUAGUGUUGAACCUACAAUAGAUGACACGCAAAUUAAAAAUGAACUCACACAGACUCAAGAAUUGCCAAAGAACACAGUGACUGUGGAAGAACCUAUACAGGUUGAUAUUGAGAUCAAUGACGGAGUGCAGUAUGUGGAAGAGCUGCAUACUCCAGGUGCAGCUGAAUCUGAAGUUUCCUCUACAAGUGGUGCAGAGAAGGACAGCAUUACUGGAGAACUAUUUAUGGGGCAAGGUGAGUUAGCUGUGUCCAGCAGUGAAUGUGCAAGUGAAGGAGCCAGGGUUGAGGAUGAGGAGAGCGAUACUCCAGGUGCUGAUAUUGACACAAACGGCACAGAUGAGGCCUCUUUAGAAGGGCAACAGCAAGCCACUCUUAGUCUACCUGUUCCCAUCAGCACUAUGUUAGAGGAGACUUCUUCAGCAGUGUCCAGUGACAGUGACAAUGAUUCAGUGGAUGAGGAGGAAUACCAACAGUUGCUACAUGAACAUGCAGUUUUACUUCUAGAGGAAGAGGAACUGAUAAACGAAGCUGAUGAGCUGAAGAUGAAGAUAGAGACAGAACAGACAGAAAUUGAGCGUUUCCAAGAAGAAAUAGCUGAGAUACGCAGCAUCCGUGAGGGACUAUAUUCUGAUGAGAGUUCAGAUUCCAGUGAUUCGUCCGAGGAUGAGGAUGAUUUACAAGAAACGUUACAGAGGUUAAAGAAGGAGAACAGAGAGCUUGAGUUACAAAAUGCUGACUAUAUAGAGAAGAUUCAGCAAGAAAGACAAAUAUGCAUGGACAUUAAGGUUCAGAUACGAGUCAUCCAGGUCCAGCAACAGCACAAUGUAGAAUCUCCCAAUGGGGAUCUCUCAGAAUCAACUGCAUUAUAAACAAACUGAUUGAGAGUCAAGUGCUACCUAUACAAAUAAUGAAAUAAUGGUCAUGUGGACUUGGAAAUGACAAAAUUUGCAUUUUGGAGACAGGACAAAUUGAUACUUAAGACAGUAUUAUUCAAAUGGCAUAUAUUUUGAAGAAUACCUAAUGCAUCCUCUAUAAACUACAGUGCAAUAAAGGCCAAUAUAAUAUGUUCAACAUUGAUCCAUAAACUGUUGAAAUAUUGAAGGGGGAUGACUGACUGCACAUGCAUUCUAUUGUAAUCUUAUUAUGGAUAUUAACUUAAUAAUGAAAUACAUGGAUAUAAGAUAUUAAAUGAACAUUGAAGAAUUUAAGUUUAUAAUAUCUUUAGGAUGAGAUUAGCCAAAAUUUCAGGUAAACCAUUUGAUGGAUUGAUUUCAAUUUUCAGGUUAGUUUUUUGGCAUUCUGAGUA